AUGCAGAAACAACCUAUAUUGCCUAUCAAUACUCCGAGAGAUGCCACAUAUUAGAUUUAAUAUUAGUCAACAUUCAAGAAAUAGAAUGAUGCGACUACUCCAACUUUAAAUGGAAAUAAUAAAAAAACUGAAAUUCCAAGAGCACCAUCAGCUAUGAAUAAUAAAUUAUAUGCUGAAUAAACUAUGUUGAAAACUAAAUAAUAUUAACCAGAUCAAUAGUAUUUAAACUCCAAUAAAGUAGUCAUUAAAAAUAAAGUUCAUAGGGCAGUCUUUCUAAUUGUAACAGCAAUAAAUCUAGGAGUUCUAAAAACUCAACUGGUUUUGAGUAAGUUGCAAACAUAUUUAGUGAAACAGCAUAAUAGAAUUAAUCAUCUAAUCUACGUAUCUCCCAUUUCCAUACAAAUACAGCUCCUGUUAAUAUGUAUGAAUAAAAAUUUAAUGAUGAAAUGUUCCUCAUUAAAGAUCAAGACACAGGUUUCAAAUUUACUUAUUACUACAGGAACUAUUUACGAUAUUAGAUAAGUUGAGAAGAUUCAAGUUAAUAAAGAAUACAUGGCCAAAUUAAAAAAAAGACAUAAAUCUGCAUGGCAAGGUUGGUGGUAAUAAAAAAGGGAAAACAAUCAUUAUCUAAUUCUAAAUGCCAAAUAGAACAAUAUCAAAGAAGUUGAAAAAUUGUUAGAGAUUCCAACUAAAGAUUUAAAACCUGAAAUUAAUGUUAAAGAUGAUAACGGUAUUAAUUUUAUACAUACAUAGGAUUUGCUUCUAUUCAUUAUAGUUGUCUAAAUUAAAAUUAUGAUUUAUCACUCUUACUUCUUAAAAAUGAAGCUGAUUGUGAUUCAAUAAAUGCUUAAGGACAAACUCCUUUAAUUAUAUGUGCUCAAAAUGGCUGUGAUUCUAUUGCCACUCUAUUAUUAACUAUAGGAUCAGAUAUUAAUCAUAUAGAUAAUAAUUCAAAUACAGCAUUACAUUAUGCUUGUUUAUUUUGUAUAUAACAAAUUAUUUAUUUUCUAUUUAGAACAUAUUAGAAUUGCUGAAAUUCUAUUAGCAAGGCCCUCCUUACAGUUAAAUCUAAAAAACUUAGAUAAUAAGUCUCCUGUUGAACUCAUUUAAAACAACAACACUCUUAAAAAUCUUAUUGAAAAACAUUAUAGGGUAUUUAAUUAUUUAAGUUCAUUUCCAGAUGAAAAAGGAGUCAUUCAAUUAAUGCCAUAAAGUUUAAAUCUAUGAUGAUUCUAAAGAAUAACAAAAAGUCAAUUCUCCUACCAGUAAAUAAUAAUAUUAUCUCACAAAUCAAUACUAAUAAUCAUCUAAAUGUUACUCCCCUUAUUAAACAGAUAAUUAAUUCUCUACAUCUAAUCGUACCACCCUUAAUCAAGUUGUAAUUCAACAUUAAAUAUUAGUCUUAAUUAAAUGAUAGUGAAAUGAUUGGCCCUUCCAAUAUUAGAAUUAUAUUAUAAAUUGGUAAAGGUUCUUUUGGAGAUGUUUAUUUAGUUGAGAGAAGAAAUUAAACUAAAACUGGAUAAGGAUAAAAAUAUGCUAUGAAAGUUUUGCCGAAAAGUAAAUUUUUGGGACAUAAUUUAAUCAGAUAUGCUAUGGCUGAAAGGAAUAUCUUAUCUUAUUUAAAUCAUCCCUACAUUGUUAAAUUAAGAUUUGCAUUUUAAACAAAUACUCAUCUCUGUUUAUUAAUGGAUUUCUGUCCAGGUGGAGAUUUAUCUAAAAUUAUUUAAAAUUAAAAGCGAAUCCCUGAAUAAGCUGCUAAAUUAUAUAUUGCAGAAAUCCUCACUGCCCUUGAACAUUUACAUAAGAAUGAUAUUAUAUAUAGAGAUUUAAAACCAGAAAAUAUUGUAAUAGAUUCCUAAGGUCAUGCUAUGUUGACAGACUUUGGUUUAUCAAAAGAAGGAGUCAGAGAUAAUUAUGGAGCAAAAAGUUUUUGUGGAUCCAUGGCAUAUUUAGCUCCAGAAAUGUUAAAAAGAGUUGGACAUGGAAGAGCUGUUGAUUGGUAUCAUUUAGGUAUUUCAUAAAUUUAUUAUUUUAUAGGAAUUUUAUUAUAUGAAAUGAUUAGUGGAAAACCUCCUUAUUUUUCACCUAAUAGAGAUGAAAUGCUUAAUAAUAUUGAAUGCAAUAAAAUUUCAUUCCCAGAUAAUAUUUCCAAAGAAUGCAAAUCAAUUAUAUAAUUACUUUUAGAAAAGAAUCCUAUGACUAGAUUAGGUGCAUCAUCAAGAGAUGCUGACGAAAUCAAAGAUCAUUCCUUUUUUAAGUAAAUUAAUUGGGAUGAUCUAUUAAAAAAGUAUAUUUUAUAUCCCUAUAUUUAAAUAGAAAAUAUAAACCUCCUUAACCAAUUAUUAAUUAGGAAAUUUUAAAUUAAAAAUUUGAUAUCCCAUUCGAUUUUAUAUUAUCGGCUGAUAAAUCAAGUUCUAUUAAUUACAUCAAUGGAUGGUCAUUUAUUAAUAAUGAUUUCAGCUAAUUUUGA